CUCCACCCAUGACGCCAGCCCUCAUCGUCUCAAUGGCCUGCCCCCCCUCCACCCCUCCAGAACCGGAUGCGCCUGUCGAUCUGGCGCAUCAACACGCCUGCCCAUUGCGUCUCUCCUCCUCGCGGUGGAGGGUGUGUGUUUGUGUCUCUCGCUCUGUGUGUGUGUGUGCCCUCGGUCGCCCUCCGUCCCAUCCUCGACUCGGUCCUCAAUAGUCAGUCUGUCAGUCUGUCGGCCUGUCUCCCUGUCUCUGGCGGUCUCGGGCAUGGCCAACCGACGGGGUGGGGGAGGAGAGAGGGCUUCACCACCCCCUCUGGGUUAGCCGUCUUUAUUGACCUGCAAAUCUCUCCUGCUCUCCUCUCCUGUUCUCCCCCUUCUCACUUCCCCUUUCGUACUGCGUACGAUCUGUUCCUGGCACAUCUCCCCCGGCGGACAUUUCAAUCUCCGUCACGUCCACGCCCCCGGGCACAGUAGUUGCUCUCCCACACCCGCCGACUAAGCCUAGGGUUUCCUCCCGAUUCCCCAACGAUUCCCCAACCAAGCAGAGUUCCUCUUCCCCUGCACGAUGGACGACAGGGAGACGAGACGCCCACGGGCCAGGGUAAGUCCGAUCUGAGUGGCCUGGAUAUAUCGGUUCUGCCGUGCGCUGACCGUGUCCCUCCCCCCCCCCCCC